AAUAACGUAUAAAUUUGUGUUUGCUGAGUAAUGAGGACUUUCUCCUCUUUAAAGUACAAUGGCCAAUUACUAGUGCAGUCUUUGAAGCAUAGCACAUUCAUUGGCCUAAACGCCUAACAAAUAUUAUUUUUUACCCUUGGCCUAAAGCCCUCUCACCCAGUCUUUAAAAGUUGCAAAAGAAGUACACUCUGUUCAGGCCAACACCCAUUAAUUUUGUUUUUACUUUUUUUUUUAAGCUACAGGCCUUACUUGUUCAAAACAUUAUUAAAUGAAUCAGAGACCCAAUCCUUAAAUUGAAACUUCUGUAAUGAUUUUACAGAGCAAAUAUCAUCCAUGCCACUGAAUUGAGAGGAUUUUCAUGCAUCGGUGCAAUUUGGCAGCUUCAGUUCAAAGGCCACCUUUGAAGAGAAGACUCGAAAUAUUAUAAGAAAUCUCCUCAACAUUUUUUGUGUGUGGCUUUUCCACUUGGAUUACUAUUUCAGAUAGAAUGCUCUACUCUAUGGAAUGCAGAUUUCAAGAAUACUGCACGACAGGGAAGUAAAAUGUUUGAAUGAUCACAUUCUACACACCUAUUUCUAUGGCUAAAACAAAACGGAGACAUCUCGCAGCAAUAGCUGCAAAGAAAGAUGCAAAUGCUGUAGAUAGCAAGAACAAAUGUUCUCCUAUGCCUAGGCAGGAAGUAGACUGCCAAGAUGAAGAAGCUUCUUGGGUACAUGUGAGAAAGCAAAGGGUCAUCAUUUGGAUUCCUCCAAUGCCUAAAGCCACUCAAGCACCAGCCCAAGUACAAAGAAUCAAACAAAAAGAAAGCAUACCUGGGGAACCUGCUAAAGGUGCUAGGAAAAUUUCAAGGAAAAGAGUCAGAACUGAUUCAACUGCUGAUACUAAGAACGUGGGACCAAUUUCAAGAAAACGAAGCAGAAUUGAUUCAACCACCGAUACCAAAAAUGCUCAUAGGAACAUAAGAAAGGCAAUAUUAAAGGUGACAUCACGGCGAAGGGGCAGAAAUCUGGAAGGUAAAGGUACUAAUAUUGAAGUGAGUCAAAAUACCUCACCUCUACCGCUUUCAAGAAAAAAAACUGCAGCUGUUAAGGCAGUUGUGCAAGGUACCUCAAAGAUUCCAUCACAUUCUAGUGUUCAACAAGACAAUGAACCAAUCUUAAGCAACAGAGAGUCUAUGCCUAGACAAGAGGAGCCUUGUAAAGUACUUCUACCGGACAGUCUGCAGGUUCCAGAUGGGAAGGUUUCUCAAACAGUUCAGAAGAACCAAACCUCUGAAAUUUCAACAAAAAAUAAAUGCCACAAAAGAGAAAGUGACAUUGAUAAUGCAAUGAAGGGUGAUUUGGACAAUCGACAUAAACCAAAAGAUCAACCAGGAACAGGGACCCAGUUAAUUCCAAUUAAAGAUAAUAAAUUAUUUGGAUUGGACAGAGAUUGUAGAAAUCUUGAGGAAGCUGAGGCAAUAAGAAGCAGUGAUGUCUACCCAGAAGAGCCAUCAAAGCCUGGUCAUCAUUUACCAGCCUCACUUAUACCCAGUGACUCUAGACUGUGUGACCAUAUUGAAUUACAACAGAGACCAUUAACAGGGUUAGACAGAUCAAUGGCGGGCCCAUCAGUUUUUUCUCUGAAGAAAUCCCUCGAACAGUACAAUCUUACAUAUGAUGCUAGGGUUAUGCCAUCCUUAGAGUGUACAAGCGUAGGCAUAUUUAGUAGCAACACAAUCCUGGCAAGUGAGAGAAUCUCAUCUGCUGCAGUGCAUAUGACUAUUGGCCAAGGAAACACUGCCUGCAUGACUGCAGCUAGAGAGACCAAUUUUUUUGGUUCAACGAGUUAUGUUAAUACUUCUGUACUAGAUAAUCAAAGUAAAAAGAUGCUGAUUCUCAGAAAAAAUCUGGCAAAGGCGGGAGGAUUGAGAAGAUGGCUUGUUUCAAAAGGUCUGGCACAGUUUGUGGACAUUUUUCAGAGGGAAAAAGUUGAUGAGUUUCGUCUGUUGCAAUUAACCAUGGCUACACUCAAAGAGAUGGGAGCACAUGCUGUUGGGCCUAGAAGAAAACUGAUCCAUGCCAUUGAUUGCCUAAGCCAACCUUAUCAUUUUGGAGCCUUUUAAACUUUUCUGGCAGAGAAACCGAGAAUGGAGACAUUCUUGUUACAGGGAAUGAGGAAAUGGUUAUUUGACCAGUUCCUUUACAGUUGUAUUUUUGCUAUUGUCUUAUGAUUUCAGCAGAUAAAAAUUCUGUCAUCUGACUUCUAAAGCCAAGUUGCAUUCUCCAUUUAUCAGCUAAAUAAUUAUGUAAGAUUCAAUAUCAUGUUAGAUUCUUGUCAUCAAGUCCAAAUUGCCUAACAACAAGAAGAUGCCCACCGUGGUUAGUCCAUGUGAAUUAUCAAGUAGACAGAUACUCUGCAAAUUUUGGUAUGAAUGCUGUCUUCUGUCAAUUAUAAUUCUUUGCUAUCAUAUCAUGAUAUCUUUUGCUACAAGAGCAGCCUCUCAUAUUAUAAGUUACUCCAUCUGUAUUUCUUCCUAAUUGCACGUCCAGAGUGAGCUGAACAUAUAUGUACGUGGAUUAUGAGAUCACCAAUGAGACUGGAAAUAUAACUUAAAGGGCACCAUUUGCCAUUAUCUUAAAACAUCGCUCCUGUUCUAUUUUCCACUACACUUUAGAGUCUAAAACAUGUUAUUUCAAUGCCAAAUGGCUUCAGUUGUUGAGAUAAAUUAUUACAAGACUGGUAUUAUGAUUA